AUGUCGUCGUCGGAAGGUGCGCCGGAGUCUUGGAUCUCCUCGUUUUGCUCGCUCAUGGGUCAUGAGUUCUUUGCUGAGGUGUCGGAGGACUUCAUUGAGGAUGAUUUCAACCUAACGGGCCUGCAGUCGCAGGUGCCGAUGUAUAAAGAAGCGCUAGAGAUGAUUCUUGACGUGGAGCCCGAGGAUGACGAGGAGGAGGAAGAAGAAGAAGAGGAGGAGGAUGACGACGAAGUUCUGGGUGAGGACCGACCGGUUGGCUAUCGCAGAGCUGGUGAUCGCCGACACGCGCGCGUGGCUAGCGAUCUAAGUGUCAUUGAGAGCUCUGCCGAGCUACUGUACGGUCUAAUCCACCAGCGGUAUAUCACCUCACGACCGGGUAUUCAACAGAUGCUGGAAAAGUAUGAAAUGCAGCAUUUUGGCGUCUGUCCGCGCGUCAACUGUAGUGGAUGCAAAGUUCUGCCCGUGGGCCGAUCCGAUACCCCAGGUCAAGAAACGGUUAAGCUCUUCUGUCCUGGCUGCAUGGACAUCUACACCCCACCCAACAGCCGCUUUCACUCCGUGGACGGAGCCUUCUUUGGUACAACAUUCGGAUGUCUAUUCUUCAUGACAUUCCCCGAUUUGGGUAUCGGACCCCGCUUAGAUGCCUCCUUGGCUAACAUGCCACGAACCACCACUUCACAACCUGGAAGCCGACCCCAAACGGAGACCGAAUCCCCUACACCUGAGAAUCAACCACUAGAGAUCAAUGGCGUACGCACGGAGAGCUUCUGCCCGGGACUUGGGCGUGGUAAGGUUUACGACCCCAGGAUCUACGGGUUCAAGGUCUCUGAAGCGUCGCGUGUGGGACCUCGCAUGAAGUGGCUUCGAAUGAAGCCCAGGAAUAUCUGUGAGCUAGAUGAGGUCUUGCAGCACGAGGAACUUGGUGCAUUUCCCGAUCAAAAGUCCAGCUCGGGUCAAUCUCGGGGGGAUAAGGAUGGAGAUAUGGAAAUGAAAGCCGGGCAGUCUCAGGAGGCAUCAAUUGCAAACCGGAAAAAGGCACCCAUGCGACGACGACGAUUGGGUGACCCUACCCCCUCUGACCAGAUGAGCGUCCAAGGGAGUGAGAUGGGCUAA